AUGUUAGUCUUUGAGUAUGCAGACCGGUUCAAGCAUCUGAUCAAGUUUCAUACAGUGUCGAUGAGUGAAGUUUGGCAGUGUCGAAAAUUUGAGAAUGGUUUGAGGGGAGAGAUCAAGUUGUUGGUGAAGGGGCUUUCUAUUAAAGAAUUUUCAGCUUUGGUGGAAAUGGCAAGGGUCAUGGAGAAGACCAAGUUAGAAGUGGACAGCCAGAGGAGUCAGCCUUUGAAAGUGGGAGGACCGGUGAUGUCCAGAGGCGGUUCUAGUUCCAGGAGGACUCCCUAUCCUAGGCCUCCUUCUCAUGGGCCUAGAGGGUCUUCUUCUCAGGCUUUUGUGUCAUCUGGACCGUCCAACAGCUCUGGGGGAGUGAAGUGUUAUUCGUGUGGAGGACCACAUUUGCAGUUAGUCUGUCCUCGGAUGUCGGGUUAUAGAAGAUGUAAUAUCUGCAGAGUUGAGGGGCAUUUCGCCAGGGACUGUCCUACCGUAAGGAGGAUAGGGUUAGAGGCAACCAGCUCAGGUACUCUUAUUGUUGGGCGUUGUGUGUUGAAUGGUAGCGAGUGUUGUGUAUUGUUUGAUUCUGGAGCGACACACUCCUUUGUGUCAGAAGAUUGUGUGGCUGUUUUGGGUCUGGUAGUGAGGGAGUUACAGUAUGACUUGGCUGUAGCUACUCCCGCUUCGGGGUUGGUCAAGACAUCUACCUUGUGUGCUAGAUGUUCUGUGGUUGUCGAAGGACGUCCAUUCAAGGUAAACCUCAUUUGUUUACCUUUGCAAGGAUUAGAUGUGAUCUUGGGGAUGGAUUGGCUAUCUGCCAAUCACAUUCUCAUAGACUGUGGUGAGAAGAAAUUAGUUUUUCCUGAAGAGGAAGGGGCAGUGUUGUUGUCUUCAGGGCAGUUGAAGCAAGAUUUGGUAGAAGGUGCUUGUUGUUUUCUAGUGUUAUCGCAUCUAUCAGUUGAACAGAGUGGGCAUGGUUUAGAUUACUCAGUGGUGAGUGAUUUCUUGGAUGUGUUUCCUGAGGAAGUGUCGGGGUUGCCUCCUUAG